ACUCAGAGCGGUCGAGACGGACUGACAUUAUUUGAAGGGAGGGGCGGUGUGGUGCUGAGCGUCUUGGAGCGUUUUUUUUUUCCCCUCCACCCCCCCCAAAAGAAAAUGAGCGGAUUAUUGCAAUAACUGUCAUCUGCACGAUGAGGUACGGUAUGGUGAUUCUGUCGGCCGGCUUUUCGGGUUUGCUCAGUUUUUGCUUCCUCGCCGUGUCGGUCGGAACCGAUUAUUGGUACAUUAUCGAUGUGAACAAGCCCAACUACACCGACUCCGAACAGCUGAGUUCCUACUCCGGACUGUGGAGGAUUAAUGAAGGAUCACAGCAGAGUUCCGUCAUCCCGACCUUCACUGCAAAUAUGUCUGCCCUGUCUGAGGUGGAGCGGCACCUUCUUGAGCUGCACAAGGCGGUGGUCAUCGUACUGCCACUGGGCUUGGUGCUGUUGGUGUUCGGCUGGAUUUUUGGGCUCGUCGGUUCGUUGGCCUGCAGCCCGAAACUGCUGACCGGAGCGGCGUGCUACUUUCUCGUCUGCAGCCUUCUGACUCUGACCGGGGUAAGCCUCUACAUCCAGUACUCCAACAAGGCCAUGGAGGAGUUCCGGCGGAUCGUGGCCCCGGCGGAACUGGCCUACGUGAAGGUGUCGUUCGGCUGGUCCUUCGCCAUGGCGUGGAUCUCCUUCGGUCUGGAGCUCGCCGCUGGCCUGCUCCUCCUGCUGGCCGCCAAAGUCACCCAGAUGAAAGGACGCUACGACUGCGGCGGCGCCGUCACUUUGUGAAUGUCAAAAGUCUGCGGGUAGCGCAGUUGACCUUUCGCUAAGCAUGCCCCCCUGUCCCCCCCCCCCCCCCCCAAAAAAAAAGGCAGAUUGGGCAAUCACAACACAGUUCUGAAACUUUAGCACCAUAGCGCUAGUCCGCCGUACUGCAUUCUCUUCAAUAUAUAUAUGUAUAUAGUAACCUUUUUAUGGAUUUGUUCUGUUUCCAAAAAACCCCAAACUAAUCCCGACAAAUCCAGGCACUCGAUAAAAUCACGGCAUACCCUUCAGGCCUUACACGUCUUCUACCUGAAAUGUCAUUUUUCUGAAAAUUUCAUAACGCUCCUCCGGGGGAGCACAGGCAGUGUCAGUUCCCGACGCUUGAUGCUAGCAACGGUAACUAAGAGGGGACGAGUCCUAGCGAAAGGUCAAUACCCACCUCAUUGUAUAUGAAUAUUAGACAUCAAUUUCAGUUUUCAGUGUUGUCGUAUGCAGAUGUUGUGUACGUUUAGUUCUGUUAUAGUUCCUAUUUAUGUGUACGUGUUUUCCAUUUAGUUUUGGUUUUUUUUUCAUCUGUUGUUGUAUCCAAACAUACUGUGCAUACAGUUCAAUUUUAUUGAUCGGUACACAAUCCAUUUGUAAUUAUGUCAGCAGGCAAAAACGGGAGCAGAAAUAACAACUAAUCAGUUUAGAUUUGCUGGAGCAGCGCUGCGCUUCAGUCGUAAUGUCGCCGGAGACGAGACGUGUUAUGGGUUUAUGCCAAGUCUUAACGGUAUCUACGUGUAAACGGGUUGAGGGGAGUAGUUUAGCGCGUCGCGGGAAAUCACUGCGUCAUUCUAGGGCUAACAAAGCAAAGUCGCAGGGUUUAAACUGGAAGAUCGGUGGCUGUGAAUACUGAAAAUAUUUUGCGGCAAUAAUGAAGGUCUAAGGACAGACCCCUGUGGAACAUCCGUUCGCUAUCUCCGCCAUUACUCCUCGCACGGGUCGCAGGAUGACUGCAGACCUAUCCCAGCUACCUUUGGGCAGGAGGUCGGGUAGACCCUGAACAGGUUGCCGGCCAAUCGCAAGGCACGUAGACACAAACAACCAAUCACACUCAAGUAUUCCGCCUGAUUACACCUAAGGGCAAUUUAGUCUCCAAUGAGUGCAUGUUUUUGGGAUGCCUGGAGGAAACUGGAGUGCCCGGAGAAAAAAAAACCACAAAG